CACGCACCAAACGCGCGGCAUAUGGUUUGGAUUUGGAAAUACCUCCCGGCGCAGGAACGGAGAUUUGUGGAGUCGUUCGGUUUCGAGGAUGAGUAGCGACUGGGAAUGUGCCAGCACCACGCACAGGUAUCCAUCAGGCUGCAUUUGGUCCCUGAGCUCUGAGGGUUCAGUGACAGGACAUCCUCUCAGAGUGCAGUGGACUACCUGAUGGACCCUGUGAUCUACCAAGAGGACCUGUAAUCAAGUGAGAAGGAACUGUGAUCCGGUGAGGUGUCCAGUGAUCCAUCUACUGAGAUCCACUCAAGAUUUCCAGAGCGAAAGAACGGUGUUCCACUGAGAGUUCCAGUGAUCCAGCUUGUGUCCUGGUAGAGUUCUCUGGUGAGCGUGUCUGUCAGGCUGGGAGGAUCAGGAUGCCAGAGCUGGAGGACUUCCCUCCGUCGCGGGGUGGCCAGCCGGCCGGUCCUGACCCUGCUCAGAUCCAGCGCAGUGUUCUGGAUGAACAGGUGGAGCUGUGGUGGUUCCGGGACCCGGCCAAGUCUCUGCUGUGCUACUGUGUGGCGGUCCUCCUCAUCCUGGGCUGCGGCCUGGGUGGCGUGCUUCUCCUCUCCACUACCACCAGUUUCUCCAGUGACUGGCGCAUGGGAGCGGGCUUGGCCCUGUGUCUCUUAGCCCUGGCUGUCCUCCUCAAACAGCUCCUGAGCUCGGCCGUGCAGGACAUGAACUGUGUGCGGAGUCGCAGGCGGAUCGAUAUCCUUAAGAGCGGAGGGCUGUCGGAUCUGUUAGUAGUGCUCAUCACGGGGCUGUGUCUGGUGGUCUGUGGGGCUGUGCUGCUGAAGCUGGCUUUGGAGCACCACAUGCCCCAGCCGGGCGUGGCCCUGAACGAUAUGUACAUCUCUGGGGUUGUGUUGUUAGCUGGAGGGGGGGCAGCGGUAGUGGGGGUAGGGGUGUACACAGGGGUGGUGAUGCUGCUGGAGAGGACCAGGCCGGGCCAGAGGUUUAGGGACAGGGCUGUGGGGCUGUUCACUAUCUCUGGACGACACAUGGACCAGGGUAGGAGGGAGACCACCUCUAGCCUGGCUAACCUCAUCUGACCACCAGAGACAUGGGAUGGGACAGGUAGCCCAGACAGGAGAUGACUGCGACACUCAUAUGGACUAGGUCUGAUCUGUGGGAGAUGCGCACUGGGGGAGGGUUGGAGCUUAUUGGCCAGCUCUGGUUUAAGGUAUGUGGCCUUGUAGUUUCUGGGCCACGUUUGUUCUGAAUGUGGGCCACAUCCACCUUGCUGUCAGGGAAGGACCAAUGGACAUCACAUUUGAAAAUGGCAUUUUAGCAUAAUGGCCAUCUUGGAAAGCCACUAUAUGUUCAUUGAGUUGUUGAUUACCACAGCACCCCAUGUGGUUCUUAAAACAAU